CAACACUACAUUCCAGUGUUGCCGCUGAGAUACAAGGACCUGGGUUUUCCAAGGAUGCAACCCACAUCAGUCAACUAACACCCACAAACCCAUUUCUACUGAUGGGUGAACAUGGACAACCAGUGUAAGGAAACACGCCCAAUGUUUCCAUCCUUGCUGAGAAUUGAACCUGGACACUCAAUUCAUGGUGAUACGAAGAUAUAUCAGAAAGCAUCUUUAAAAACCAAUCAGUUAAAAAAGGACAGCAGCCAUGGAUCCACUAGGAGGACAGUCUAUAUCUCAGGCAACAAUUCAACCCACUGUUUGGUAUAACUAUAGUAAUUAUAGCGACCUUCUUGUUAACCAUCCAGUUCAAGUGCAAGUGGCUGUGCCCACAGUUCAGAUGGUUGCUGCACCAUCUCAGACACCAACACCUGCUCCCACUCCUGUUCAGACACCCAUACCGCAAGAUCAUGUAGCUAUUGUUACUAUGGUUCCACAAAAAUCAAAAAAAUCAAAAAGACCUUCUUCUGAUAAUCAAGAACGAAAUUUUCAUUGUGGAAGAUGUGGUUCUUCGUUUACGAACAGUUCUAACCUUCGAAGUCAUAUGCGCAUCCAUUCUGGUGUUAGACCUUACGUUUGUGUAGAAUGUGGGAAAUCAUUCAUUCAGAGUUCUAAUUUAAAGGCACAUGCCCGUGUACACACAGGUGAGCGUCCUUACCAGUGCUCUGAAUGCAGUCAGACAUUUUCAAGGUCUUCUCAUCUAGUAGGUCACAAACGCACUCAUACAGGAGAAAGACCAUAUAUCUGUGGUAUCUGUGGAGAAGCUUUUUUUACUUCAUCACAUUUAAGAAAUCAUGUGCGACGCCACACUGGAGAAAAACCAUAUAUUUGCCAAUGCUGCGGAGAAGCAUUUGGUCAAAGUGUUGAACUCAGAGUUCAUGUUCGGCAUCACACGGGAGAGAAACCCUUUAAUUGCCGGGAAUGUGAUACGGCAUUCAUAUCUGCUCGAGAGCUUAAGGCACAUCGCAAAACACACCACUUGGGUUCUAAACCCUUCAAAUGUGAACAGUGUGAAAGAUGUUUUCGAACACCUACAUUUUUAAAUAAACAUCAGAUACGUUGUAAAGGCCCAAGACCUAAGCGGCCCAAAGGAAGGCCUCGCAAAUACCCGAGGCUAGAUGGAGAAGAACCUCCAUGGAAAAAGCCAAAAAAACGAAAGAACAAACGGCCAGCCGCUCCAACUGACAGAGUUUCUCGGUCUAGAACACGAGCAAUGAGAAAUGCACAGUUAAAACAGGAAGAGGAGGAGCUACAGGAGGUUGAUAAAUUAGAACUGUAUGAUCAGCAGCAACAGCAGCAGGAACAUGUGCAAAUACAAUUAAAUGAAGCAUGUCAUUUGAAACAUGAAGGACUGGUAUCAGACAAUCACAUCACUCAGCUUCCUAUGGUUCCUAUGGUACAAGUGAUGCUAGAGAAUCUAGGGCAUGGAGAUGGUCUGGACCAUACUCACCCACAAACUUUACUGAUUCAGUCAGCAUCAUCAGCAGUACAUGCACUCCAUGGUUUAUCAGAACAAAACCAGCAGCAGAUUGGAGUAAUAGAUCUUUCAGGUCAGCAUUUACAUCAGGAUGACCAGCAACAGGUUGACUCUGUUCAUCAAACACUAACCAUGGUUUCUGCUCAUCAUCCUUUGCCAUCAGUAUCAGCUAGCCAUCAGCAUCUACCAGUUAUCACUGCUCAUCAAGCUGUUUCUGCACACCAGCAGUUAGCAACUGUUGCAGCACAUCAAAUGCCAGCUGUGUCAGCACAUCAACAAAUGCCAGUUGUGUCAGCACAUCAGCAAAUGCCAGUUGUGUCAGCACAUCAGCAGAUGCAAACUGUGACAGCACAUAAGCAAUUGCAGACUGUAACAGCACAUGCACAGCUGCCAGCUGUGACAGCUCAUAAGCAGUUGCCAGCUGUAACAGCACAUCAACAAGUAACGGCUGUGACUUCUCAUAAGCAAGUUGUUAGUGGUCAUCCAUUACCAGCAGUAACUGCACAUCAGCAAACAGUUAGUGCCCACCAGCAGCUAACAGUUACUGCUCACCCACAAACAGUGAAUGCCCAUCACCAAUUGCCAGUAGUAUCUGCUCAUCAACAAGUAAUUGGCAACCCUCUUCAGUUACCUGUUGUUACUGCUCAUCAACAGUCUGUAAGUGCCCAUCAGCAGAUUGUUGUUUCUGCCCAUCAGCCUGUUCCAGUUGUAGCAGCUCACCAACAGGGCUUAGUUGUUUCAGCCCAUCAAGUGCCUGCUGUGUCUGCACCUAAGGAGAGUGUUCAUGGUACAAGUGAAAGUUCCCAGGUGAUUUAUGGGUCAGGACAGCCAUAUGUGGUAGAUCUCUCCAGCCCAGCUCUUACCACACAAGUUCCCAUCAUUAACCAAACUGUGACUACUCAGUACACCAGACCAUAGUAUAUUCUUGUUUAAAAAAUAAUUUUAUAUAAUGAUACACAAUGUAAAAGCUAAUAUGGAUAAAUUGGUUACUCAUCUGAAUCACAUCAGUUCUAGUGAAGUCUAUAUAACUGUAGGUUGAACUAUUUUCGAAGACAAGAGGUGAGCAGAAAUGUGUUCUGUGAGCAAGUCUUUUGAAACCUGUGAAUGACUUGCCACACUGAAAUUUAAAAUGCUAGAACAUUCAUAAUGCUGUGUGUGGAUAUACAGUUUAUAUUUUGUAACCAUACUCACAGGGGUAUUUUUUUGCAUUUGUAAGUCCACAUUAUAUGUGGUAGAAGCUAUGAAUGUCUCGAUUAGAUUUAUUAUAGUGGUUUGAGACAUAAAUAUAGCUAAUAUGCAUUUCUAAAUUAUUACUAUCUAACUAUAAACUUUUGAAACUAACACUUGCAAGCCUAAGAAGACAAUAUAUAUAUAUGAUUGCAAAUAGUUUUAUAACUAUGAGCAGCAGCUCUAUAAGUUAAAUUUAUUUUAAUUUUAAGGCCAUAAAUAAGAACUGUGUUCCUACAUCAAGUGAUGAGAUGAAAGGAAUAAUGUAUAUUUGAAGAUACAAAAAGUUUUAUCUUAUUCAUCACCAAAGCACUGAAUUCAUGGGCAGUCAUAAUGUUUCACAAAAAGAAUGAAUAAGAGUAAUUAUAUAAUUUUGUUUUAACAUUUUACUCUUUUAUGACUAUAAUAUAAUUUGUUAUUUGUAAUAUGAUUUUGGCAAGUGGAUAAUCAGUAGAGAUACUGAUGCAUAUUUGGAAAUCUAUGAUACCUCACAUAAGUUAACUUAACCCUUUGACUGUCGCAAGCCCCUUUCUGAAACUGUCAUUCUAUGUCGCAAAAUUUUUGGGAAAAAAAAAUUUUUUCUUAAGAAAUGAUAGAGAAUCUUUUCCCGAUGGUAAUAACAUCAAAAGUAUGAAAUUUGGUCGAAAACUCGCGGAAUUACGCUCCCGUGAAGUUAGCGGUCUCGGCGACAUAUACGCAUCGGCGAUUUCGCCGACUUUGAGCCCUGUUUUUAGCCAAUUCCUUUGUUCCAGUUGACCAAACUCAUAGCUAUUUCUUUAGAACUCCAUUUUUUUUAUAUCAGUUGAGUACAAGAAACUGCCCAUUUACCAAUUUGAACUACCCAAAUUAAAAAAGAUUCCAAUUUCAAAAUAGGGUCCAGAAUAAACAAUGUAAAGAUUCUUGGCACUAAAAUAACAUACCCUCUGUUCAUUAGUCACGUCUCUAGGCCCCUCUUAUAUUACUAUUGCUUUCUAUUUUGAUUUUUUAUUCAUACAAAAAAUACAAAAUUUACUGUUAUGCAGACUAAUGCAUUAUUAUAAAAAUGGUAUAAAUAAUAUCAGUGCACUAGAGAAAGAAUAUUAGACUCCCCAGUUGACAUGUAUUGAACGUGUGGUGUGAUUUGCUCACUCCUGAACAUUGGUAAAAAUUGAACAUUUCUGCUACUUUGAGCUCAAUUUCAAGGUCGUUUUCAUUGUGAAACUAAUCAAAAUCAUCUCUAUUUCUGUAAUAUGUUUUCCAUCUUAUCAAGUGAGACCAUGAAAAUGAGAAUACAACGAUAAAUACUAUACGAAAAUACACCUCAAAUUCGGCAUUUUAAUCCAAAAAAUGGUGUUUUUUUUUUUCUCAUGCACUGCAUGCUGCAGGAUUUUUUUUAUGUGGUGCACACUGACCACACAUACCCAUUCUCUCACAUGUGAGCCUUCCAGCUUUCUCCUGCUUGAUUUGAAGCCGCUAGAAUUUACACGUAUUAACACGUCCAAAACAGUGGCGCGUAAGACGUAUAUAUACAACCAAAACAGUCAAAGGGUUAAUACCAGGCUCCAGUAUACCCAAAUAGAGUUGGCCUUUUUCCCUCCACAUACACAUGCAUGCACAUACACAAACACACCAACAUGGUGGUAAAAGAACUGAAUGCUUUGGUUGCAUUUGGUUUUUAGGAUCACCACCCCUUGUAUCUUGAUGUUAGACCAGCCCUCAUAAACUUAAAAGAAAAUGUUAAGAGGAAUAAAUUACAUAAAGAAGCUGGAAAGUAAAUCCCAAUAUAUACUGAUUGUAAAUAGAAGUUUAUAAAACUUAUCUGGCUUACAUAUUUAUAAGAGGAAAAAGAUCAAUACUUACCAUAGUGCAAAACAUUUCGAAAAAUAGGUACAAUCCAAAGAGGCCAGAAACCAGAAAUGUUAUUUAAAAUAGUGCAGUAGGGGAAGUUAGGAAGUGAGACUCGACCCCCAUACACACAAAAUGACGAGUACACAUGCACAGGAAAUUUUGGGCAAAGCUACUGGAGAAAAGUAGAUAAAACAUUAGACAGCAAAAACCUACUAACCUUCCAGGAAAUUUUGGACAAAGCUACUGGAGAAAAGUAGAUAAAACAUUAGAUAGCAAAAACCUACUAACCUCCAAACAGUUUGGUUUGAGAUCAGAAAGCUCUUUGAUGGAACUCAUACAUGGGCAGACUGAAUUUAUUUCUAUUUCAGAAGGCUUUUAAUAAGCCCCAUGAUAGUCCAAUAUAGAAAUUAUAGAAUAAAAGAGGAAUGCAAAGCAAACUACCAAAAGAUUUGAGAUUCUACUGAUCUGAAAAAAAUGAGAAUGCCAAAUAUUAAAAAUUUCCAUGUGGGGAAAUUUUACUAGCAGAAUCCCACAAGGAUCAGCACUGACUCCUCCAGCAUUGCUGAUUUAUUGAAUGAACAUGUUUGCAGAUGAGAAAUUCUGUGCAAAUGGAUGAUGAAAUUUAAUGUGAAAAAUAUUUCUAAAGAAAAAAUGGAAGAAUCAUAAACAGGUCACACAAGGAAUAUAGAUUGUUACAAAAUAUAGUACAGUACAGUUGAACACCAGAGGGAUGUAGGCAUUCUAAACUUGUGAUCCAUCCAACCUUACUGCCUGUGAAAAUAUAACAAAAAUUCCAAGACAAAAUACUAUGACAGUGCAAAUGAAGUUAAAAAUAGUACUUGCCAGUUUCUGGUGUUCUUAUCAAGUAAAAUCAUGUCUUGUUAGACUAUAAAGCAAAAUAUUGCCAUUAAACUUUAAAAAUUAUAGGAUUUACUAUUGCCAAAGAACAUAAGGUGUAUGCCCAUGGUAAUACACUUUAUCAGUCACUAGUAUUGUUUCUUGUCCAGCAACAUUAAGUUUGGUAAAGCUCUUAUGUGAAAUAUCAGCAUUAAAUACAAAAAAAAAAAAAAAAUAGUGUCAGGUGGAGAAAGGGAUGAAGGAGCAAUUGUUAACAAGAUAUUCACCAGAGGAUUACUAAAAUGUAAUUGUAAGACGUGCUAUGUUUGCAAACUUCAAAAUAGCAUUCAUAUACGUAUAUGGAUAUUGAAAUGUUAAAUAAAUAUGUAUACAAACUAA